CAUCCAUAUAAUAAAGCCCCCCGAACUCCCGCGCGCAUGCAAAUCCACACAAACCCAUCUCUCUCUCUCUCUCUCUCUCUCUCUCUCUCUCUCUCUGUUCUUCACUCCCCGUUAUAUCUGAUUUUCCUCUAAACCAUUCUCUUCAAUUUUUUUCUGGGUUCUUUAUUAAGUUUGAUUUUUUCUCGCAGGGGCAAGCCCUAAAAGGAAACCUGAGCAAAUAAGGAAAGGGUUAUUAAUUAUCAAUCCUAACUCCUUUAUAUCUCUACCUGGCUGCAUUGUAGAAACCAGCGUAGAAGAGCAGUUGUUUUUGGCUUCUCUCUUCUCACUCGCAGUCUCCGUUGUGUUGUUUGCCAGUUCGGGAGUGUUUUUCUUAUUUUGCUUCGUCAAUGGCGGUUCCUUCAACCGUCCCUGCCCAUGCAUCGCUUUACGUUGGUGACCUUCAUCCCGACGUCACCGAUGGGCAGCUCUUCGAUACAUUCUCCGUCAUUGAUAAUCUUGCAUCUGUUCGGGUUUGUAGAGACUCCAUGUCAGGGCGAUCCCUCGGUUACGGUUACGCCAAUUUUGUUACUACCCAAGACGCAAUCCGGGCUAUUGAAAAAUUAAACCACACUCCAUUGAAUGGGAAAAUGAUGAGGAUUAUGUGGUCACAUCGUGAUCCAGAUGCAAGAAAGAGUGGAAUUGGAAAUUUGUUCGUGAAGAAUCUGAAUGAUUCCAUCGAUAAUGUGAAGCUUCAUGAGAUGUUUUCAAAAUAUGGGAACAUCUUAUCAUGCAAAGUAGYGAUUUCUCCAGAUGGAAAAAGCAAAGGAUAUGGGUUUGUGCAAUUUGAAACCGAGGAGUCUGCCAAAACUGCUAUCGAGAAACUUAAUGGUUCCACUGUUGGUGGAAAAAAGAUAUAUGUUGGAAAUUUCAUAAAAAAGAGUGAUCGGGUUUUACCCAGCCCCGAUGCUAAAUACACAAAUCUAUAUAUGAAGAACCUGGACCAGGAUGUGACUGAAGAGAUUCUGCAGGAAAAGUUCUCUGAGUUUGGGAAAAUUACUAAUCUGGUUAUCUCGAAGGAUGACAAUGGAAACUCGAGGGGUUUUGGAUUCAUCAACUUUGAAAGUUCAGAUGAUGCCAAGCGGGCAAUGGAGGCAAUGAAUGGAGCACAAUUAGGCUCAAAGACUAUAUAUGUCGCAAGAGCACAGAAAAAGGCAGAGCGGGAGCAAAUCUUGCGCCGCCAGUUUGAGGAAAGGCGUAAGGAGCAAAUCCAAAAAUACAAGGGUUCAAAUGUGUAUGUUAAGAACAUUGAUGAUGACGUUGAUGACAAUGAACUACGGGAAUACUUUAAUCAAUGUGGCACUAUUACAUCUGCGAAGCUAAUGCGUGAUGAAAAAGGAAUAAGUAAGGGGUUUGGGUUUGUAUGCUUCUCUACUCCUGAGGAGGCUAACAAAGCUGUAUCUACCCUUCAUGGUUGCAUGUUCCACGGGAAGCCUUUGUAUGUGGCUAUAGCACAAAGGAAAGAGGAGAGGCAAGCACAACUGCAGCUACAGUAUUCACAGCGUAUGCCAGGAUUAGGGGGUCCCUCAACUGCUGUUAUCCCUGCUGGAUAUCCACCUCUUUACUACACACCUCCUCCAGGUGUUGUUUCACAAAUUCCUCCUCGACAAGGGCUUAUGUAUCAACCUCUGGGCUUGAGACCAGGAUGGAGGCCCAGUGGAUAUGCACCUCCAGCCAGACCAGCUUUCCAACCUAUGCCACUUCCUGUAAUACCUAAUACUCCAAGACAGCAUAGACAAAACAGGGGCAGAAUGAAUGGGCAUUUGCUUCCCCAAGGUGGUGGACACUCUGUCCAGUUUAUGCCACAUUUGCAACAACCAACUCAGUCAGUAAAUUCACUGAAAGAUUCAAGCAACCAGCAGAGAGCUGGACAGACCAAGUAUGUUCCAAAUGCACGUUCACGUGAUGUGAGCAAUGGACCCGCAGUCCCAUCUACUGCUUCUAACUCUGUUGGAGCUGCAUCCCAAGGAUCAAACAUGUUGAGCAGCAUGCUUGCUGCUGCUACCCCCCAACACCAGAAACAGAUACUUGGCGAGCGCCUUUAUCCCCUUGUCAAGAAACACAAGCCUGAUCUUGCUGCAAAAAUAACUGGAAUGCUUUUGGAGAUGGACAACUCAGAACUGCUUCUUUUGUUGGAGUCACCUGAGUCAUUGGCUGCCAAGGUAGAAGAAGCAGUGCAAGUGCUAAAACUCUCCAAGACCAAAGUUUCUGGACAGGAUUCUAUUCAUCCAAAUUAUUUAUCGGCUGAGGUUGCGGUCAACUAAAUAUACCUUAUCCGAGGUUGUGCUCCGGAUUUGAGCUCUAGGGCUUCUAAAUUUUGGUAGUGAGCAUUAGAACAUUGUCCUUUUUAAUUCUUUCUCUUGAAGCUUUUUCUUCCGUAGGUAUUUCUGUAGUAGAUUGUAAUUAUUGUGGUCUGACCUGAUUAUCUGGAGCUGAUUACAAACUUGGAUUUUGAGUAGCAGUAAAAUAGGAUAUUGGAGAUUAAAAUUCAUGUUUCUGAUCAAAUUUGUAGGUCCAAACCACUCAUAGAGUGGAUGAGACCAUAUGACCCGUUUAAAAUAGUUGCUUUAGUGA